UGAGAAUUGGUUGAAAUGUCAUGGCCUAUAGACCAUGGUCACGUGCGAUGUUAGACCGAAGACUUUCACACGAAUUCCGCAUCCUCGGUCCUCUGCCAUGGCCCUUUCAAACGAAGCUUCCUUCCCAAACACGCCUCCCACCCUCCGACCUCUGCCGCCGCCCCUUCAACUCUUUUCACACUAUCUUUUUUCGCCGCCCACCCCAUCAACAUUCGCAUAGAUAUCAGGCCAGUUUUUCUGACUUGAAACUCAUCAUCAAACUCAUAGCCAUGGGAACAACAGGCGCCUACGACGCCCUCCUCCCAGCAGUCCCUGAAUGGCUAAACAAGGGCGACAACGCAUGGCAAAUGACUGCAUCCACCCUUGUGAGCAUCCAAAGCGUUCCGGGCCUUGUCAUCCUUUACGGAAGCAUUGUGAAGAAGAAAUGGGCUGUGAAUUCAGCUUUCAUGGCCCUCUACGCCUUCGCGGCCGUCCUCAUUUGCUGGGUUCUUGUGUGCUACCGCAUGGCCUUUGGUGACCAGCUCCUGCCUUUUUGGGGGAAGGGUGCCCCAGCUUUGGGCCAGAAGUACCUCAUCCGCCAAGCGGCUGUGCCCGAGACCGGCAGCGAGCCUUUCUAUCCCAUGGCCACGCUUGUCUACUUUCAGUUCACUUUUGCGGCCAUUACGCUUAUCCUGCUUGCUGGGUCCGUUCUUGGUCGGAUGAACAUUAAGGCAUGGAUGGCCUUUGUGCCCCUUUGGCUCAUCUUCUCCUACACUGUUGGCGCCUUCAGUCUUUGGGGUGGUGGCUUCCUCUACCAGUGGGGGGUCAUUGAUUACUCCGGAGGUUAUGUCAUCCACCUCUCUUCAGGAAUUGCUGGUCUCACUGCAGCUUAUUGGGUCGGACCCAGAUUGAAGAGUGAUAGGGAGAGGUUUCCUCCAAACAACGUAUUGCUGAUGCUGGCGGGUGCUGGGCUCCUAUGGAUGGGCUGGUCAGGUUUCAAUGGCGGAGCGCCAUAUGCAGCUAACAUUGCUGCUUCAAUAGCAGUUCUCAACACAAACAUAUGUGCAGCAACCAGCCUCCUUGUAUGGACUUCUUUGGAUGUCAUCUUCUUCAAGAAACCAUCCGUGAUCGGAGCUGUUCAGGGAAUGAUGACAGGCCUUGUUUGCAUUACUCCAGGAGCAGGCGUAGUGCAAUCUUGGGCGGCAAUAGUGAUGGGAAUACUUUCCGGCAGCAUUCCAUGGGUGUCCAUGAUGAUCCUUCAUAAAAAGUCCAAAUUACUACAAAAGGUUGACGACACACUAGGUGUAUUUCACACGCAUGCAGUGGCGGGACUGUUGGGUGGCCUCCUGACUGGACUCUUAGCAGAACCAGCGCUUUGCAGGCUCUUAAAACCAGAAAGCAAUACGAGGGGUGCAUUUUAUGGUGGGAAUGGUGGCAAGCAAUUCAUGAAGCAAAUCGUUGCAGCCCUUUUUGUGAUCGGUUGGAACAUAGUAAUCACCACACUGAUUCUCCUAGCUAUAAAGCUAUUCCUACCUUUGAGGAUGCCAGACGAGGAGCUGGUUAUAGGAGAUGAUGCUGUCCAUGGAGAGGAAGCGUAUGCCCUUUGGGGUGACGGAGAGAGGUAUGACCCAACAAAGCAUGACCCAACAAAGCAAGAUUGGCACGUGUCAUCGUAUUCUGGGGAAAUAGCCCAAUCCCCUUAUGGCAGUGGUGCAAGAGGAGUAACUGUGGAGUUGUAACUCAACUAUGUGUAUCAUAUACAAGCUCGCCAAUUACUUUAGAAUGUCAGAGAAUGGUGUGUAUAUACCAUAAAGACACAAUUACAUACCCUUGAAGCAUUUUGAAAAUGAUAGUUUGGAGCCUUGUGUCAUGACCUUCGAAUACUACCCUUAAUUUUGAAGGCUACUAGUUAGAGGGGCUGCUUUUUUAGAAGUGUACAUGAAAUCUAAUAAAGUUCUGGGUGCACACAGCAUUCAGGACUUAUAAUUUAGGUAGAAAUGACCAUGAUCCAUAUUUCCAGCCAUCAAAUUUGACCGAGACCUCCGCCCAAUUAAUGUCUCCAAAGAUAGCUAGAAACCGAAAAGUAAAGCAUGUGGAAACGCAUGACAGAAUAGAACUGUUCCCAUGACUCGAAAGUCAGCCAAACCGCGUAUUCAAUUCGACGAUAUUAAUUGAUAAGAAGAUUAAGUGUGGAAAAAUCAAAAAGUUUUGAAGAAGACAGGCACAUUAGGAUGCGUUCAAUGUCGUUCCACGGGGCGUUUUUUUCCUUUGUGAGACCCACCACAGUCCACUUUUGCGAAAUCCGAAUUUAUGUGCUUCUGACUUUUCUUUCUUGUCAGGUUGUGGGAUUAUUCCUUCCACUCAUUUACCCCAUAAUCAAAAUCAGGUGGAAGCUUCUGUUUGUAUUCUUUUUCUAUAGUUGGGAAUUGUGGGUUCAUU